GUGGUGGAGAAUAACAGCACGGUAAAAAGCAAUCAGCCAUCAGUUGGUGCACAACAGGACAAAGCAAAACGUAGAAUAACACCUGUUCUGAUACCGCAGCUCACAAAUUACGAAAAUAAGAUCGCGAGCGUAAAGAAUAGCAUUUAUGUGCUGUUCACAGGAAAUGAGGAUCGCAGGGUGGAGAGAGAAUGCAUCAAACCGGUUUUAAUGAGGAUGAAGGAAAUAACGGUCAAGAUUAGCUGUGGUGGCAGUGUAGAACAAAUCGGAGGGCGGAAAGUGUGCGGUUGUCAUCGUAACCAGAAAGAACGAAAUGUAGGAAACACGGACCAAAACAUUCCAACAGAUGAUGGUGAUCGAGUCACUCUUGUGAGCGGUAACACCGGGGUGAGAAAGGAAAGGAGCAUCUCCUUUAGUUUGUACACCAUAGAUGUUUCCAUCAAUGAUGUGCUCAGGUACAAGAAUGUAUGCCUGCUUGCAUUCUCUAACGCAGUUCAUACAAAUGCUCUGAUAGUGAAGAGAGUAAUCUCAGGGCAAUUGCUUUUGCCAUUUAUCAAGCAGAAUGUGCUAUACGUGGACAUAAGGGGUGAUAAUCUGCUGCUGUUCAUGGGUGAUACGUUUAAGAUAAUAAACCUGAAAGGAGAAAGUUGUUAA